AUGGCGAAGCUCGAGGCCUACUCGUGCUUCGCCGACAUCGCCAAUCGGCCGGCCCUCGAGCUGGCCGACCGCCUCGCGGCGCUCGCUCCGGUCGACGACGCGAAGGUGUUCUUCGGCUCCGGCGGCGCCGACGCGAUCGACACCGCGGUCAAGCUCGCCCGUGGGUACUGGCAGGCGCACGGCGAGCCCGAGCGCACCCACGUCAUCUCCCGCGAGACCGGCUACCACGGCACCCACGGCUACGGGACCUCGAUCACCGGCAUCCCGCCGAACCGCGAGGGCUGGGGCGUGCUCGCGGGCGAGAACACGGUCGCCCCGCUGCACGACCUCGACGGCGUCGAGAAGGUCUUCGCCGAGGUCGGCCCCGAGCGCGUCGCGGCGGUCGUCCUCGAGCCCGUCACCGGCGCGGGCGGGGUGCACCUGCCGAGCGAGGGCUACCUCGAAGGGGUCGCCGAGCUCUGCCGCCUGCACGGCGCGCUGCUCGUCGUCGACUCCGUGAUCUGCGGGUUCGGGCGCCUCGGCACCUGGUUCGGGAUCGAGCGCUUCGGGGUGCGGCCCGACAUGAUCACCUUUGCGAAGGGGGUGACCAGCGGCUACCUGCCCCUGGGCGGCGUGGUGGUGGCCGGCCGGGUCGCCGCGCCGUGGUGGACCACUCCGGGCGAGCGCACCCUGCGCCACGGUCCGACGUACUCCGGGCACCCGACGUGCUGCGCGGUCGGGCUGGCGACCCUCGACAUCUACGAGCGCGAGGGCCUCAUCCCCCGUGGCGAGGAGCUGGAGACCCCGCUGCUCGAGGCGCUCGCCCCGCUCGCGUCGCACCCGCUGGUGCACGAGGUGCGGGCCGGGUUCGGCCUGCUCGCCGCGGUGGAGCUCGAGCCCGAGGUGCUGGCCGCGGUGCCCGACGCCCCGAACAAGCUCCUCGCCGGGGCGCGCGCGGCGGGGGUGCUGGUGCGCGGGCUGGGCCGCGGGGUCGCGGUCUCGCCGCCGCUGAUCGUCGAGCGCGAGCACCUCGACCUGCUCGCCGAGGGCAUCCGCGCCGGGCUCGACGCGAUGCCCGUCGAGUCGCCGGUGCCGUCGGCGCCCGGGGCCUGA